UAAAGGUCCUUCAUUCCCCCAACAAAGAUGGCAGCUGCGGAAGUAUUGGUAUUGUCCUGUCGAAAACUGAUGGCGUUUCAAAGGUGCGGGAUGGUCUCACCAAGGUGGACUUGGUGGCCUCGUAUCAUUGGUGCAUGUAACCUUCCUCCUUGUCAUCAGUAUCCACGCAGAUGUUAUUCUGUCACAGUACAGAAGAAACUGUUCCCAUUCUGUGCUUCACAAUGUUCAUGCAAACAGCUUUUAUGUCCUCCUCCUAUGUUUCAGGAUUUCUCAGCACGGUGUCUAAUGAUGCAAAUCCAGGAAACACCAAAUCCAAACAGCUUAAAAUUUCUGCCUGGUAAACAAGUAUUGGAGUCGGGAACUAUUGAUUUUCCAAAUCCUGCUGCUGCAGAAGAUUCUGCUCUAGCUAGACAACUCUUUGAAAUAAAUGGAGUGAAGCGAGUUUUCUUUGGACCUGACUUCAUUACGGUUACCAAGGAAGAUAAUUUUGACUGGGAAGAUGUAAAGCCUCAACUGUUAUCCUGCAUUAAAGAUUUCAUUGAAAGUGGAGCAGUGAUAUCGGAAGAAGAGAUAGCUGAGUAUGAUGGCUCUCAUUCUGAAGAUGAUGAAACGGUUGCUAUGAUUAAGGAAUUGUUAGAUACAAGAAUCAGACCAACGUUACAGGAAGAUGGUGGGGAUGUUGUUUAUAAAGGCUUUGAGAAUGGCAUAGUAAAGCUGAGAUUAGUUGGUUCUUGUACUGGGUGCCCGAGUUCCAUUGUGACACUGAAAAAUGGAAUUCAGAAUAUGCUUCAGUUUUAUAUACCAGAAGUGGAAGGUGUGGAACAGGUCCAGGAUGAGGUGGAUGAAAUUAGUCUGAAAGCAUUUUCUGAACUAGAGAAGAAACUGGAAGAUUCAUAGACCCAUAGACAAGUGGUUUAUUUCUGUCUUACUAAAAGAAGAAACAAACAAUUGAAAGCUGAACAAAUCCAUAUGCCUUUGAAAGUACACUUCUGAGAUGCUGUUUUGUUUUUCACAUUCUCUUGUGAUAGUUUUUCUCUGAUUCAGAUCGGUAUUUGGAUUGAGAAUUGUAAAUGUUUGUUUCCAGUAUUACAAUACUGUAGUAAAUAUUUAUUUAUUUAUCACUGUUCCUCUUCUUUCUUAGUUUUAUUAUUGUUGUUUUAAAAGACUAAUAUAAACAACAGGAGAAAUAAGUGCUGAAUAAAGCAACCAGUAAACACAACCUCAACCAGCACUAAAAAAAAACAGCGGAUAUGGCUCUGUAAAAAGACUAUUAAAAAAACUGGCAUAUAAACGCAUUAACUUUAUCACCUCGUUUUCGUCCCUAAAUGCCAUUUUUUUUGUUAAUGGCUGUGUUUUACAAGGCCCUUGAGCAUAAUGUGCUGAUGUGUAUUUUGCAAAAGGAAGCACUGUCUUCCCUGUUUACUAGCCCAUAGUAAACUUGGAACAUGAUUAUGCAAGCAGUAAGACGUGAAGAUGUGUGCAUUUUACACAUCACCAUAGUCCUGUGGGUGUUGUUUGAAUUGUACUCAUUUCUGUAUUCUUAGUGGCGCUGAGAGGUAUGAGUCUGGAGGAAGAGUGCCUUAGAAGUUUUGGGCAGUGCAAUAAUAUGUCUACACUGCGCACAGCCUUUUGUGUCUUGCUGCAUUACUGCACUUAUAAAUAUAAAAUAUUUUUCACAUAAAGUAGCUAAACUUUUGGGUAAACAUAGAUUUUUUUUUUAAUUGUAUUCUGAUUUAAAAUAGUCCUUACAUCAAAAAGAUACACAUGGUUUUGAGAUGGUAAAAAACAUCUUGUCAAGAUUAAAAAAAAAAACUGCAGUACAUUCCUGGCAAUGUCAAAAGAAAUCCAGAUUUUGAAAGUUUUACAUCAAAUUAUUAUAAAUUGCUAAAGUUUUGAUGCACGUGUCUGUGUUAUUACAUGUAUGUGAAUUUUAUAUAUAUAUAUUUAUAUAUUAUUUCUUUUGUGUGAAAUCCAUGUUCUGUGAUGGAAUGGUACAGUAGUACAACAGUUUGUAAGGUGGGGUCUCCUACAUGGCAUUUUGAAAAUAUAUUUCCAAACCAUUUAAAACUAGUAGUGUUGCAAAAUAAAUGCCAGAAUUGUGUAACAUCUGCAAGACCAAAAAAAUGAGUACUAAGACCAUUCACUGUUUAUUUUUAGUUUAGUUUUAGUCUAUUUUUGAUUCCCUUACUGUGUGACUUUGAAAAAGUCACUCACCUAGACAUUGCCCUUGGGUUGUCCAUGAAAAUAAGCUUUUUAUGUCUUGUGGGUCUUGGGACAUUGUACUGUGUAGAAAUAAAAUGCAGUUAACAGUAGUUCUUUAACUUUCAUAAAAUUCGACUUGAGGAUGUAAAGUCACGCUUUUUCCACGAGAAAGAAAAAUGCCUUUUAAGUAGUAGAAGUACACUGAAGCAGCUGUGUUAAAGUUAAUUUGCAUCUGAGAUCAUUACAGUACUAAACUGAAAUGUAUUAAAAAAUUUUAACUUUAAGUCCUAGUUUUGCACAUAUUAAAUAAUUAAUGUUUGUUUCCA